AGACGCAUCAAGGAUUUAAUAGCUGAAUAAAAAAGAAUUCCAACUUGAGGCCAGGAGAGUGCAARAAGAGGAAAACGCGAAAAGAGAGAAAGAAGAUUCAAGUGAGGAGGAUAUGGAGGAAGAAGAAGAAGAGAAUGUACAUGAUAAUGUUGAAAGUGACUCCGAUGCUCCCAAUGAAGCUAUAAAGGAUGGAAAAAGCACCAAUCGUGUCGUCAAUCAAGAUAAGAUCACCAAUCAAAAUGAGAAUAGCGCAAAAAGAAAUCAAAAAAAGUCAAACGUCUGAAAAAAGAAUGUCCAUUGUACCUUCAUGUAAUGCAGUGGUAACUCACUUUCCAAGACACCUUAGAUCUGUCCAUAAAUGGGACAAUACGAGAGCAAAAACGGCGGUAGGCUUCUUUAACUUGAGAAAAACACCAUCAAGCAAAGUCAAAGUGAAAAAAGAUUAUCGCCGUAGAAAAGUCUGUCCUUUACAAGGAUGCUCGUCAGUUACUAAACGGAUGUCAGAUCACCUUAUUAGGGUACAUAAAAUGAAGAAAUCAAGCGAGUCCUAUAAAAGAGCGCUCAAAACAGCAAUGAAAGCAAGAACCAGGGAACACAUUUUUGUUCAAAUGAAAAGAGAAAGAAAAGGGAAAGAAAUACCAUCAAAUGAUGAAAGAUUCGAGGCGAAAGAUACUGAUAUAGAAUCAACUGUCAGUGCCCCAGACAAUUUUCAGGAACAAGAAGUGGUCCCUGAGCAUUUAUCAGAAAAUAUCCUCAAGCACUUUAAGCAAUGGCUACAAUCUCCUGGCGGUGGUAAGAACGAUGAUAAAACAGCACAACAACAUAUGAAGCAACUUGAAAAAGUCAUCAGCAUUAUCAGCCCCCUAAAAGAUGUCCACACUCUACUGGACUUCAAAAGGAUCAGAGAGGAUUUUAUAACUGGACAUGCAGAAAAGGUUUACAACCCAAAAACCAUCAMGUCUUAUCAGAAGUACAUAACCASAAUUCUGGUUAUGUACUUCUGGUCUUAUAUCAUGAGUGUGCGCCACUUUUAUACAUACCUCGUGUCCGAUGAACCAGCCCGUGUAAAAUUCAAGACGUCAGAGGUCGUAAAUCUUAGAGAGCGACUUAUAAGAUGGGGAAAGUCUUAUAAGAAGGCCUGUAACAGGAGCGAAUGGGAGAAGAAGAAUAAAGAUAAAGAAAGAUUGAUAAGUCCUAAAGUUGUAAACGAAUUUGAACGAAGUGAAGCAGCAAGGGACGCCAUCAAGCUACUGGGACUUCUCAAUGGAGCUCACACCAUCCAAAUCACACAAAGGGACUAUACCCUCGUCAGGAAUUUUCUUUUUGCUGAGCUAGAAAUCGAUAAUGGCCCUCGAGCUGGAGAAGUUGUAAAUAUGACMAUCCAGGAAUUUGAAAAAGCUGAAGUAGUUGAUGGUAGCUAUGUUGUUGAGGUUAUGGAUCACAAGACCGCACAUUGCAAUGGCCCUGCCAACCUUGUUCUUAGUAUGACCCUCCACAGCUGGCUUAAGAUUUACCUGCAAGAAGUGAGACCCAAAGUCUUUCAACCAGCGGAGAAAUGUGACAGGUUUUUKCUUUCAUGGAAUGGAAAGGGAAUGCAGUCGAAUCAAGUUUCAAAGUGCUUAAAGUCAGUAUGGCGAAAAGCCAAAAUGGAAAAAUCUGUCACCUCYAAUGACUUCAGGAAAGGAGCAGUAGGCGUUUGAGGGCAGCUUCUAUUCGAGUAAAUACGGUAUUGCCCAGCUUACAUAAAUACUGCUGGCUACGUAAUGUAAAGUCUGACAGUACAAGAACGAAUUCCAGCUAAAAAUACAUGUCUGAUGUUUAAUGACUUAURAACCAAUAAUGUAGAAUAGAUAUUAUCUAAAUGU